AUGAAGAGACGAGCCAAAGACACCUGCAUCAAGUCGUUGUCAGGUGAAAGUGGCGCCGGAAAGACAGAGGCUAGCAAAUACAUCAUGCAGUACAUCGCAGCCAUCACCAACCCCAGCCAGAGAGCAGAGGUCGAGAGUGUGAAGAAUGUUCUUCUGAAGUCCAACUGUGUGCUGGAGGCCUUCGGUAACGCCAAGACCAACCGCAACGACAACUCCAGCCGCUUUGGGAAGUACAUGGACAUCAACUUCAACUUCAACGGCGACCCUACCGGCGGCCAUAUUAACAACUACCUAUAAAUGACAUCACAGCUCUGUGGCUGUACAGUAACAUGCUAUAAAUGACAUCACAGCUCUGUGGCUGUACAGUAACAUGCUAUAAAUGACAUCACAGCUCUGUGCAUGUACAGUAACAUGCUAUAAAUGACAUCACAGCUCAGUGCCUGUACAGUAACAUGCUAUAAAUGACAUCACAGCUCAGUGCCUGUACAGUAACAUGCUAUAAAUGACAUCACAGCUCAGUGGCUGUACAGUAACAUGCUAUAAAUGACAUCACAGCUCAGUGGCUGUACAGUAACAUGCUACAAAUGACAUCACAGCUCAGUGGCUGUACAGUAACAUGCUACAAAUGACGUCACAGCUCAGUGGCUGUACAGUAACAUGCUACAAAUGACAUCACAGCUCUGUGGCUGUACAGUAACAUGCUAUAAAUGACAUCACAGCUCAGUGGCUGUACAGUAACAUGCUACAAAUGACAUCACAGCUCUGUGGCUGUACAGUAACAUGCUACAAAUGACAUCACAGCUCUGUGGCUGUACAGUAACAUGCUACAAAUGACAUCACAGCUCUGUGGCUGUACAGUAACAUGCUACAAAUGACAUCACAGCUCUGUGGCUGUACAGUAACAUGCUACAAAUGACAUCACAGCUCUGUGGCUGUACAGUAACAUGCUAUAAAUGACAUCACAGCUCAGUGGCAGUACAGUAACAUGCUAUAAAUGACAUCACAGCUCAGUGGCUGUACAGUAACAUGCUACAAAUGACAUCACAGCUCUGUGGCUGUACAGUAACAUGCUAUAAAUGACAUCACAGCUCAGUGGCAGUACAGUAACAUGCUAUAAAUGACAUCACAGCUCUGUGGCUGUACAGUAACAUGCUAUAAAUGACAUCACAGCUCUGUGGCUGUACAGUAACAUGCUAUAAAUGACAUCACAGCUCUGUAUGGGUUUUGACUGACGGACGUUUUGCACACGACAAGAAGUUGCCCCUCAUGGUAAUUGGGCAACUUUUGCAAUUUCUUUUAGUUGUGAGUGAGGGAAAUGCCGUAAAUUAAGAGGACUAUGUAUUUUGAAAGAUAAGAUAUUGAGGAUUAUAAUAAA